AUGCUCGCAGGAGGAUUCUACACAAUUAAACCGAAGCAUUCUCAAGUACGCUCUUGGGUUGUUGUCAAGAAGACCGAGCUGGGGAACUUCUUCCUUCGUCACCAUCGACAUCGACAUCAACAUCAACAUCAACAUCAAGGCACAACUGCCAUCUCGAGAUCGCUCAGUGUUGCAAACUCUAUCACAUCAGCGUUUGCCAGCAGGAGAUGCAGAACAAUAUUGAGAGUUCAAGAUCAAGAAGCUUUUGAUGAUCAAUAA